CUUCCACACCAGGGAUGAGGUCCAAACCAGAUUGCCACUGCCCCAGUUGGGCUUCACUGUCCUCAGAAAGCAGCUGCUGUGAUCAUGGGGAAUAUCUUUGGAAACCUUCUUAAGAGCCUGAUUGGGAAGAAGGAGAUGCACAUCCUGAUGGUGGGCCUUGAUGCUGCAGGGAAGACCACCAUCCUAUACAAGCUAAAACUAGGGGAGAUCAUCACCACCAUCCCUACCAUUGGAUUCAAUGUGGAGACAGUGGAAUACAAGAACAUCAGCUUCACAGUGAGGGACGUGGGUGGCCAAGACAAGAUUCAGCCUCUCUGGAGAUACUACUUCCAGAACACACAAGGGUUGAUAUUUGUGGUGGACAGCAAUGAUCGAGAACGAGUAAAUGAGGCCCGAGAGGAGCUGAUGAGGAUGCUGGCGGAGGACGAGCUUCGGGAUGCUGUGCUCCUUGUUUUUGCAAACAAACAGGAUCUGCUUAAUGCUAUGAAUGCUGCAGAGAUCACAGACAAGCUGGGCCUGCAUUCCCUUCGUCAUCACAACUGGUAUAUUCAGGCCACCUGUGCCACCAGUGGGGACGGGUUGUACGAAGGCCUGGACUGGUUGGCCAAUCAACUAAAAAACAAGAAGUGAGAGCCAGGCAGUCCUAUCUGACUGCCCCACCCAUCCCUGACACACCUGUCUCCCUACCCUUUUCUUCCAAUUGCGAGUGUGGCAAGGGCCCUGGAUACCAUGUCCGUACAUCCAGCAAGAACCUUGCCUCUCAUCCCGUCCCCAGCCCCUCCCCUCCUCUGUCCACUGAUGUGACCAGUCCAGUUCCCCACUUGCUGUCCUGAUGUUGAAUCAUUCCAAUUAACUGGAUUUAAAACAAA